AUGGUAGCUGCCUCAUGCACACAUCCUUUAGAUUUGGCCAAGGUUAGAAUGCAGACUGCUGCUAGACCCGGUGCUAAUAUGUUCGGCACUUUGCUCGGAGUUGUUAAGAACGAAGGCUUAUUGGCCAUCUAUCAAGGACUUAGUGCUAGUUUGUUGCGACAAGCUACUUACUCGACAACAAGAUUUGGUGUCUAUGAAUACCUCAAAGAAGCAGUCAGCACAGACAAGUCCAAACCUCCUUCUACCAGUGUACUAUUACCUAUCUCCAUGUUUUCUGGUCUUGUUGGUGGUAUUGUAGGCAAUCCUGCUGACGUUGUCAAUAUCCGUAUGCAAAACGAUAAAUCAUGUCCACCAGAACUCCGUCGUAACUAUCGUAAUGCAUUUGACGGAGUGCGAAGAAUUAUUGUUGAAGAGGGUCCUAAAGCAUUAUUCCGAGGAUUAGUCCCCAACUGUGUCAGAGGUGUGCUAAUGACUGCAUCUCAGGUUGUUUCCUAUGACCGUAUGAAAUAUUUAUUAGUAUCUGGCUUUGGCAUGGAUGAGAAGAAGAGAUCUACCCACUUUUCUGCUUCUUUACUGGCUGGUUUGGUAGCUACUACAGUUUGUAGUCCUGCUGAUGUAGUGAAAACCAGAAUCAUGAACGCCGCUUCUAACAGCGAUAGUGCCUUCGGUAUUCUCGUUAAAGCAGUGAAAUCAGAGGGUAUUCUUUUUGCAUUCAGAGGCUGGCUCCCUGCAUUUAUUAGAUUGGGUCCCCAGACAAUUGUAACAUUCCUAGUAUUAGAACAACUCAAGGCUUCUGGAUUGGGUCAGAAGCGACCAGUUCUACAACAGCAGUCCCUCUAG